AUGCGUUUUGCUCCUCUCAUCAUCUGCCUGGCGGCAAUAUCGCUUGCUGCCCCAACACAUUUCCUCGACGGUGCAUAUGACUGGACAGAUGAACUGGCAGAAUUCUAUGGAAAAGUGAGCGAGUACAUCAAUUCUGCAAAACACAACACUAGAGGGCCGCAUGUGUGCGAUACCUCCAAGAUUGCUAUGCCUUCCUAUGCUUCUGGAAUGGCCAGCCCGUCAGGUCUAAAGCCAAGAUACGUUGCACUUGGACGGGGAACCCAGAACUAUACAUGUGCGGACUCCACUUCCAGAUCAAAACCCGAGGCGGUAGGAGCUGUCGCAAGACUCUACAAUGCCACAUGCAUUGCAGCCAACUACCCCGAUCUCCUGGAAAGGGUCCCCAACCUUGCCUACAAAAUUCCCCUACCAACCAAUGAAUAUGCCUCGUUCCCUCCCGCCAACAUCGAAUUGAUGGGGCACCAUUUCUUCUCGGAAACAACCCCCGAGUUCAACUUGAACCUCACACCCGAAAAACAGAAUGGCAUUGUCAUGACAAAGAAGGGAGGUGCAAUUGAUGCACCCUCAGGUGCAGCUUCGGGGAAGUACGGUGCCGUCCCUUGGCUCUACCUCCUUACUACCGAUGGCACAGUAGGCAACUACAAGAGUGUCUAUCGGGUCAACACUGCCGCUGGGUCGCCGCCAAAGACCUGCAAGAAUAUGCCGCCCGCUUUUGAAAUACAAUAUGCUGCAAACUACUACUUCUUUGGGGAGUAG